CAUAUAGGUCACUGGCGUCGAAGGCGCAACACCCAUGAAAUCUCCCGUAUCUGCUGAGUGCGAGGAUGACCUGCCAUCCGUAGAUCGUGAUAGCGCCUCCGUCAACUCAGCGAGCCGUAGCGAGGCCGGUGACGCUCGCAGCCGUCUCAAAAUCGCCGGACUCGAAACUGUGCGUCCACCUCAGACAAUCCCGGAACUCUGGUGCAUCCAGACCUGAAUGGUCCUAUCGAACGAAGUGGAUGUACGCACUGCGCACUUCGUGACGACGCACACCGACC